AUGCACAAUCCCAUCGCGCCAAUCGCUGCGUCCGGGUCGUCGGCGAUGCACUCGGACUCGAAGCAGGCGACGACGGCACCUUUUGGUCAGACUGUUGCUUUGAAGAGCAUUUCUGGCCCGACGUAUAUUACGGCGCAGACUCUUGUGCAGCAGGUCGCGUAUGCACUUAGCGAUAAAUUGUUCUCCUUCAGCCCGGAGACUUUCGACCUUGAUAAGGCUGCGAUACGAUGGAGUCAAGAGGGGAGCAGGAAUGGAUACGGCGAUGUUACGGGCGUGCAGCAGCUGCAGACGAGGAGUGGUGCAGGAGCGUUGGCGUUGGGGUAUAUGUUCUCGCCGGACUUUGAUCUGGCGAAACGAGCGGUGCCGCAGAGCAUCAUUGCUUCCGCUGGAUCGCUGGAUUUUCUGCGAGGGAGUCUCGAUCAGUUGAGUCUCCUGUACGACGUCGCGAACCCCACGGCGUUGCAGGUUGCGGCUGUGGAGUAUGAGGCUGGCAAGGGCUUUGUGACGGACUAUGUCAGCUCGCUGAAUAUUGCGGAAGAGCUGGGACUCGGGCUGGUGAGCAGUAAGAGCGCGUAUGAGGUGCAGCAUAUGAGUCUGCUGGCGCUGUUGAUGAGCAAUGCGCUCCCGGCUAUUCAUGCGUACGAUGGGAUUACGGUGGGGAGGGAGACGACGAGGGUUGUGGAUGUGUUGGGCACGGAGGCGUUGAAGAGGACGUAUGAUAGUGUGCUGGAGGUGGUGAGGGAGGAUCUGGGGAGUAAGAGGUUCACGCAUGAGGGCAAGAUGAGUAAAUUGCUGCUGGCUUUCAAUGCGGAGUUGGGCACGGAGUACAAGGCGUUCGAAUACCAUGGACACGAGCAGGCGGAUCAUGUCCUGGUCGUCUUCGGCACGGUUGAGGGAAGCCUUACGGCGCAGGUUGCGGAUGCGCUGGCUGAGCGGGGUGUCAAGGUUGGUGUGAUCAAUGUGAGGAUCUACAGGCCUUUCAUUGAGGAGGACUUCCUCCUGGCUCUACCAGCAAGCGCACAGCAGGUUACUGUCCUUGGACAGGUCAAGGGUCAGGCUGGUGUGCAGGAUCACAGCGUUACGAGCAGUCUUUAUGCGGAUGUCCUGGCUGCUGUUAACUUUGGCAGUGUUUCUUCUGGGCGGGCACCGGCUGUGUACGAUGUGAAGUACGCCCGCGAGACGGUGUGGACCGUGGCUAAGGUCGAGAAUCUCCUCCGACGACUGGGUGCUAAGUCUGGCGAUGCUAUGGACAUUGAUUCGCCGCUGAACCUGACAUCGAAGGAUACCAAGCAGUACACCUUCUGGGAUGUCGACGCCAGCAAGAGCGUCACGGCUCCCGUCUUGCUCGGACAACUACUUUCGGACGAUAGCGCACAGAAUGUGGCUGUUCGCACUGGUCACGACAACCUUGUGCAGGGAGGUGUUGUUCGAAGCGACAUUCGCACAUCGUCGAAGAGCAUCGAGGCUCCGUACAGUGUCAAAGAUGCCGAUGUUGUCGUUGUUGGCAGUGAUAAGCUCCUGAAGGAGUACAAUAUCAUCAGCAGCAUCAAGGAGGGUGGUAUCGUGCUGCUCAAGGCUGCUGGUUGGAAGGACGAAGAUGCUGAGAAGAAGCUCUCGACGCCAGUGAGGAAGGCUAUCGCUACCAAGCACCUUUCGCUAUACGUUCUUGAUCCUGCGAAGAUCUCCAAGGUUGAGGAGGACAGUGAGCUGGAAUCGUAUCUGCUCCAGCUUGCUUUCCUCAAGCUGGCCAAGGCAGAGCUUUUCGAGUCUGGCUUGAAGAAGCUGAAGACGUCCGCUGCUGGCGACGUUCUGGACACUCUUUCACAGCAGCUCGAGGAGGCUCUCAAGCAAGUCGAGGUUCCAGAGCACUGGCUCACCGUUGAGCUCGAGGAGAACGAGGCCGUUCCAGAUACCAAGGAUCUCAACGUCAACAGCUACGCUUCGUUCGAAGACCUUGACGAAGAUGUUCCGACUGAGCUGCACGACUGGAAGGUCGCUGCCAAGGGUCUUGCUUUCAAGGAGGCUUACGGCACGACUACUGCUCUCCGACCAGAACUCACUGUCAAGACUGCCGUUGCUACCGUCAAGGAGCACAGACGACUCACACCAGAGACCUACGACCGUAACAUCUUCCACAUCGAGUUCGAUCUGGGUAACAGUGGUGUCAAGUACGAGAUCGGUGAGGCUCUCGGCAUUCACGCCGAGAACGACAAGACUGAAGUCGAGACCUUCAUCAAGUGGUACGGCCUCAACCCAGAGGAGAUUGUCGAAGUUCCGUCUCGCGAGGAUCCUUCUGUCUUCGAGAACCGCACCGUCUACCAAGCGAUGAUGCAAAACGUCGACAUCUUCGGUCGUCCACCAAAGCGUUUCUACGAGGCUCUCGCCGAGUUCGCCGACGAUGACAAGGAGAAGACCGAACUGCUUCUCCUCGGUACCGGCGGCAACCAAGAAGCCCAGCAAGAAUUCAAGCGCCGCGCCGAAGUCGACACCGUAACCUACGCUGAUGUCCUCCUCGACUUCCCAUCCGCACACCCCAGCUUCCACGAAAUCGUCCGCAUCGUCGCACCAAUGAAACGCCGCGAGUACUCCAUCGCCUCGUCUCAAAAGGUCACACCCAACAGCGUCAGCCUCCUCAUCGUCACCGUCAACUGGGUCGACCCCAAGGGCCGCGAUCGCUUCGGUCAAGCCACCCGCUACCUCAACGGCUUGCCCGUCGGCGCCAAGGUCACCGUCUCCGUCAAGCCUUCCGUCAUGAAGCUCCCACCAAAGACAACCCAACCCAUCAUUAUGGCCGGUCUCGGCACAGGUCUCGCCCCCUUCCGCGCUUUCGUCCAGGAACGCGCAUGGCAGCGCGACCAGGGUAUGCCCAUCGGCGACGUCUUCCUCUACAUGGGCUCUCGCCACCAGCGGGAAGAAUACCUCUACGGCGAAGAAUGGGAGGCGUACCAAGAUGCCGGCAUUAUCACGCUCCUCGGCUGCGCUUUCUCCCGUGAUCAGCCGCAGAAAAUUUAUAUCCAGGACCGCAUGCGUGAGACAUUGUCGGAUAUCCGACGGACAUAUUUGAAGGAGGAGGGCGCGUUUUAUCUUUGCGGGCCGACGUGGCCCGUGCCGGAUGUGACGAAUGUGUUGGAGGAGGCGGUGGAGGUGCAGGCGAAGGCUGAGGGGAGGAAGAAGGUUAGUGGUGCUAAGGAGAUUGAGAGGUUGAAGGAGGAGUUGAGGUAUGUCCUUGAGGUUUAUUAG